AUGACCACUACCACUAUAGAUCCCUAUCCUUACGGCGAGCCCUCACGACCUCUCUCUCGCGGCUCAUUCAUCUUGAUCGAAGGGCUAGACCGGGCUGGAAAAACGACACAAGUGAGGAAGUUAUGCGAUAGACUAUAUGCUUCUGGACGAAAUGUGAAGCUGAUGCGAUUUCCCGACAGAACAACCUCGAUCGGUCAACAGAUAAAUUCCUAUCUACAAUCUUCUACUAUUCUGCCAGAUCAGGCAAUACACCUUCUCUUCUCGGCGAAUCGAUGGGAGAAAGCUCAGGAAAUCCAUCAGUUUAUUGCACAAGGGUACACAAUUGUAUGCGAUCGUUAUUACUACUCUGGAAUGAUUUAUACUUCUUCGAAGUAUCCGACGGAUUCUCCAAACCACCUUUCCCUCGAAUGGUGCAAGAACCCUGAAAUAGGAUUACCAAUGCCUGAUAAAGUGAUAUUCUUGGAUUUAGAACCUGAGGAAGCGGAAAAACGAGGAGGAUAUGGGGAUGAGAAGUACGAAACGAGAGAGAUGCAGAGGAGAGUUAGGGAUGGAUUUUUGAGGUUACAGAACACGGCUAUCAAAGGCUUUGAGCAUGAGCGAAGUAUAAUGAAGGCCAUCAAUGCGGGAAGUGGUGUGGACGAAGUCGCGGAGAAGAUAUGGGAUACUGUUGUGACUCUGGUAGAGCAAAUAGAAAAAGGGGAGCUUGGAGGUUUAGCUGUAGUGCGAUGA